UAUUUGUAAGCAAUAACGGUACAGUAAGGUUUUUUUCAUAAACAUUUAUAAAUGCAUUAGCUAACAUUAACUAACAAUAGGCAAUAUGUUUACAAUAUUUUUCUCUUACUCUUUGUGAAUGUUAGUUAAUACCAAUACAAAUCUUCAUUGUUCAUGUUAAUUCAUUGUGCAUACACCUUUUUAAUUCACAGAACUUUAUUAGUCCAAGUGGAAAAUUGCUUUCCUGUUACAAUUACAGAAAAGAAAAAUGACAGAAAGGAAAAGUAACAUACAUAAAUAUAUAUAAAUAAGACAUUAAACAUCUGGUAUGAUUAAAAUCUGGAUUUGCUAUAAAAUUAACUAAGAUUAAUAAAUGUGUCAGAAGUUUGGUUCAUAGUUCAUGAAAUAUUGGUUUCACACUGUAAGGUAGACAUUGCAGUUUUGGUAAACAGUGACGUUUUUCCACACACAGUAAAAAGAAAAGUUGGGUCAUCUUAAAAAAUUACUUCAAUAACGGCAAAAAAAAAUGUUUAACUUACAUUUCUCAAUUUUCUUUUGCAAGCUGAGUUAACUCCCACCAUUACAAUAGAAAAGAACAAAUCCUAUACGUUGCAAUGCAUACUUGCAUAAUUAUUCCUUGACGUGGUAAGGGGAGUGGAUCGAGAGGUAGGUGAGUUCACUCACUGCUAGCACGCUGAAACAUGUUUGGGGUCGGGAUGUUCCCAGUAAUGCCAACUUACUACGUAAAGAAACCCGCAGGAAGAUGAUGGACAUGUUGCCCCAUAUUAAUAUUAAUCCACUGCGCGUAAUUUUUUAAAUCGUCCUGGCAGGUUAAUGCGAUUCAAGAAUCGUAAAGUUGAUUCUUAACUGAAUGGGGACCGUGUGGAUUGUGUCUGCAGUACAUAUGUUUUAAAUGCAGAGUCUCUAAAUGUGGGCCUCACAUCUGCAGAAGGAAUUCAAUGAGCAGUGAGUGUGGCGGCAGGGUGGUGUAACGUGUGUUUUGGACUUGCUGCAGGGCUUUUGGAGUUUGAAAGGGAUUUAAAGUGGUGGGAAGGACAGACCCCAUGGCUCUGGAAAAGAAGAAAGGAGGAGUCCUUCCUCCUGAUGGCGGUUGGGGAUGGAUGAUCGUGGCUGGCUGCUUUGUAGUAACCGUAUGCACCCGAGCUGUCACGAGGUGCAUCUCUAUAUUCUUUGUUGAAUUUCAAAUGCACUUUGCAAAAGAUUACUCGGGGACAGCAUGGAUUCAUUCAUUAGUGGACUGCACCACCAUGCUCUGUGCUCCACUCGGAAGCCUGAUCGGGAAUCGGUUGUCAUGCCGCAUCGCUGUAAUACUAGGAGGAUUCCUGGCUUCUAUAGGAUUAGUUCUCAGCUCCUUCGCAACCAGUCUGGAGUAUCUUUAUCUUUCUCUGGGAAUCUUAACUGGGCUUGGGUUUGCACUCUGCUACACACCUGCUAUUGCCAUGGUUGGUGUGUAUUUCUGUGAGAGGAAAGCUUUGGCCUAUGGCAUUGCCAUGUCUGGAAGUGGCAUCGGGACUUUCAUCUUGGCCCCUGUGGUGCAGCUGUUAAUCGAACACUACUCGUGGCGUGGGGCUCUACUUAUACUUGGUGGCUUCGUGUCUAACCUAUGUGUAUGUGGAGCUCUGUUACGGCCCAUCAUUUUAAAGGAAGAAGAGGCCUGUCCUCUUCCAGUGGACUCGGAGUGUGGCUAUGACGGCAAGCCGUCUGAGGUGAACAGUAUGCUUACGGGGAAGGUGGCAGGCAUCAAAUCAGAAGCAGACGGUAACCUGCCUUGCCUUCAGUCCAUGCAGGAAUACAGCUUUCUGCUCAUGCCCGACUUCCUGGUGCUGGCAGGGUCCUUUUUUCUUUUAGCUACUGGCUGCAGUCUGCCGUUUGUGUAUUUGGUGCCUUAUGCCCUGGAUGUAGGCGUCAGUCAUCACAAUGCUGCCUUCCUAAUGUCAAUAUUGGGAGUCAUUGACAUUAUAGGCAACAUUUCAUUUGGCUGGCUCACCGACAGGAGGUUUCUUAAAAAAUACAGGAAUAUUUGCUACCUUUUUGCAGUGGGAAUGGAAGGAUUAUGCUGUCUUUUUAUUCCACUCUUACGCACAUUUGUCCUGCUGAUACCUUUCUCUGUGCUCUACGGGUACUUUGAUGGAGCCUAUGUUGCUCUUAUCCCUGUGGUAACAUCAGAUGUUGUAGGAACAACGUACUUAUCUUCAGCUCUGGGGGUUGUGUACUUCCUCCAUGCGGUUCCUUAUCUUGUCAGCCCACCCAUUGGAGGUUGGCUGGUAGACACCACAGGAACUUACACAGCAACAUUCUUUCUAAGUGGAUUUGCUCUGAUCUCAAGCUCUCUCCUGCUGUUCGUGGCCUUCAUCAUUCGCCACUGCCAGAGAAAGCAAAAAAACUAUCCGAGCGAAGACCCAAAACUGGAGUCAUGUGAGGGCAAUCAAGUGGACUAUUAUUCUUCAAAAAAUAAAGACCUGACGAUAAUUAUCCCAGCCACAUCAUAGUACUGGGAUAGGGAUUUGUAUUAGGUUUUUUUUAUUGUAAAAAUGUUUUUAUUAGCAGAAACUUAUUUAGGGGCGGUUUCCCGGACUGGGAUUAAACUAAUCCUAGACUAAAAUAAAUAUAAGAGCUGUCCAAACUGGAAACAGCUUGCACUGACAUAUCUUAAAAUACAUCAGUGCCUUUUGUUUUGCCUCAAAAUGCACACAAGUAAUGUUUCAGUAAGGCAUGUUUGUUAAAACUAGUUAUAUUUCCUAAUUAAACUAAGGCCUAGUCCUGGUUUAAGAUAAUCCCUGUCCGGCAAACCACCCCAUAGAGUUACAGAUAUUGUUUAAUUAGCAACAAAUUUGUUGUAAAAAUUCUUAUACUGUAUUACUUUUUACUUUGUUUCUCUCUGAAACGCAUUUAAUUCUCAUCUAGAAUGACAACUUUAUAAAGGAGAGACUCCAACCUGUUGCACAUUACAUAUUAGGUAUUUUUUAUGUGUCUCAUUUCUCAUCAUAUUUUCUCAACAGUGGUUAAGCUUUAUUUGUGUAGUGUGACCCUGGACCACAAAACCAGUCGUAAGUAGCACAGGUUUACUUGUAGCAAUAGCAAUCAUUAGGUUAUUAAUUAUAGAUAAAGUUACAUAAAGAUAUUUUGUCAAUUUCCUACCAUAAAUUUAACUUUAAAUGUGAUUUUGUCAUUUAUAUGUUGGCCAAAUAUUGUCCUGUCCUAACAACCCAUACAUCAGUGGCUUAUGUAUUCAGCUUUCAGAUGAUGUUUAAAUCUCAAUUUCAAAAAAUUUAUCCUUAUGACUGGUUUUGUGGUCCAUGGUCACAUAUGUACACCUUAAAAAAAACGGUGCUAUAUAGUACCAAAAGUGGUUCUUUGCUCGUAAUCAUAGAAGAACCGUUUUUAGUGCCAUAUAGCACCGGUGAAGCACCUGUGUAGAACCAAAUAGUGCUAUGUAGAACCAUAUGUGGUGCUAUAUGGCCCCUAUUUGGUUCUACACAGGUGCUUUACUGGUGCUUCACCGGUGCUAUAUGGCACUAAAAACGGUUCUUCUAUGAUUACGAGCAAAGAACCACUUUUGGUGCUAUAUAGCACCGUUUGUUUUUAGAGUGUAGGAGGUUUUCUGUGGACCAUAAAAUUACAGAAUGUAGGUCAUUGUAACUCAAGUUCCAGUUAGAUUUUUUUAUGUCAGCAGAGGGCAGUGGUGCUUCACGUAUUGCUAAACAGCUUAUUAAGCUGCUGUAAUCAGUAUAAGGUAGCCACUAUGCACAUUUUCUCCUGCCCUGCUCUUAGUUUGUUAUAGCAUGAAAUUAUUGAGUUGUGUUUUUAUAAAUAUAUCUGUAAGAUUUCUGUUUUGGUUAUUAAUGUAGGUUUUACUGUUCUAUGCAAGUAAUGCUUAAAAGUCGAAGCACAAUAUAAGGGACAGUGAAACUAUUGUUGCGUAUUUUGUUC